AUGCAUCCCAACAAUCUUAACUUCCCAAAUCAACCACCGCUAGCGUCAUUGCAAACACCACAACAACAACAAACGAGGUUGUUUCAACAACAACAACAACAAUCACAGCCUUCCUCAACAACGGAACAACCUGGUUAUGCAGUGCCCUCCAUCAUUUCGGCGCCUUCAAGUCUGAUUGGAAAUAGCCUCCGAGCUAGUAGUUUGUUGAUGGCCCAAACAGACGAUUCUCAUCCACUCUUGUUUCCUGCUGUUGAAACAAAGCAGCACAUGGGGCAAGAGAGAGGAUCAACCAUGGAACAUCCAUCAUCAAUGAGAAUUAGUAUUGAAAGAGUGGAAUUUCCAAACACGCCAUACACGCAUGAUGGCCAGUCUUUACCGAGUCAUCUCGCACAACAUCAUUGUGAACAUUUCAGUCAAACUAGAACUCAUGCGUUCGAACGGCAACCAUUCUCAUCAUCAUCAUCCAUGCAACAACAAUUUUUGUCACCACCAACUACCUCGACGAGUGGCUCAGAUGGUGCAUCAUCAACCAACGUUUUGCCUCCAAACCAAUAUUUGGCUUCAAAUUUUAUGAUGAGAGAAAGUUCUCAUCAAACCCAAACGAACUCAACAAAUUUACAAACAUAUGAACAUCCAUGUGCUCAACUUUUCAAAGCAGACACUUCUUGUUUGUUAUGCAAAAUACGACAUCGAAAAUGUGACUAUUUAUUUCCAUGCUGUUCUAAUUGUGCUAAAGAAAAUAGAUCAUUUUGUUUGUACAUGAAGAAACAAAGUCAAAUUUCUCAAUCUUCAUCACCAAUGAUGUCUUCAUCAGAAUUUUUACUAAGUGAUACAGAAGCAGAAUCAAUCUCAUCUCUCCUCCCUAAAGAAAAUAUUGAAUCCAUCUACAAAACAAUUUACAACAAUAUCAGUAGUUUAAAAAGCAGCCCAGAAAUUACAAGCAAACUAUCUUAUGAAAUAUUUCUGAAAAUUAUUUUAAAAGUUUUACCAAGUACGGACAGAGAACAAAUUCUUCAAUUUAUGAAAGUUUCCUUAUUUCCUCAAACAGAAAAAUUUGUUGGAAGCUUGGAAUACUUUUACAAAUAUUUUCAUGAUCUAGGAGAAAACGAUUGCUCAUUCAUAUGGACUUGUCAAGCCAUGUGUUUUCAAAGAAUUGACAAUUUUGCAUUAGCCAAAAUGCAGUACGAGAAAGCACGAUCGAGAAUGGCAAUUGUUUUUGACAAUGUUUCAGAUUUUAAAACUAUGUUAACUUAUUCAUGGUUAGCAAUUUAUCUAAUUGGAGCUGGAGAGCGUCAGAAGGCAGAGUAUAUUUUGAAUAAUGUCAAGUUCUAUGUGAAAGAAUUUCAUCCUGAAGCAGAACGUGCUCAUUGUCUUUUACGAACGGUAUUAUUAUCAGAGUCUUUUUUGAGAAGCAAUUAUCGAGAUGAGCUACUCGAGAGUUACGAAACAGUUCUCAUGUUUUUCACACCCAAAGAAACCAUCAACUACAGCUUGUCACAAGAUGCUGUCGAGAAUGUAUCAAAAUAUGUGAUAAGCUCUAAUGAAAAAAUGUUUCAGUACCCAAAAACAACCAAAAAAAGUCAUGAAAACUCUCUUUUCAAGGAGCAGCUAUCGAAACUGAAAGAAUUUUAUGAAUAUAACAAGGACAAACAGGAUUAUCCUUUGGGUUUUCAUCAACUGGUUGACUCUCUAUCUUGCAGUUCUAGUAGUGAUCGAGGAGAUGAGUACUAUCCAGAAAAACAUCCUAUUGAAGACACGGAAAGCUUGGAAAGUACCAUCAGAAAAAUUAACAUUGCUGUGGAGAAUAUCAGAACAAUCUUUGGAACCAAGGAUUUUGCAGGAAACACAUUCAUGACCAUGCUCUAUGCCAUUGUGAUUUUGAAAAAACACAAAACAUUUAAGGGUGAAAUAUCACUGGAGGCCAUCAAGUAUGCAGAUUUAAUCUCAAAAACAACGCAAUGUGAAGAUUUUAAAUACUCAUCGUAUAGUACGGCUGUUCCCAUCUCUCUGGCAUGUCGAGUGCAUUUGCAAUGCUUAAAGAAUAUUCUUUCUUCCGUCUCGUUGAUCAUCACUGAAUACGCAGAACGAUUACUGACAUUUAUUCAAAUGGACUAUCGAGCACUCGAUAUGCUUGCCAGGCGCUUUCCUCUCGUCGAUCAAAAAUACAGAACUCUCUUGAAGGAUGUAUCAAUGACAGUAGAGAAAUUUGAAAUGAUGAGAUUGAAUGAGUCCUCUCGAUUUGUCACUCUCGAAUAUAUUUCUCAACAUUUAGCUCUGUAG